UGUUUCUGUUCCAAGCCGUCGGAGAGAGGGACGCCGGGGAGGGGGGAUAGUGCGCAUGCGGGGAGGAGAGCGGGCGGCGCCGUGCGUCAUGACGUCAUGCGGUCAGUAGAAGAUGACCUGCUUCUGCGAGGGGCAGGUGGCGCGAGGCGGCAGGAGUUAAGGAAGAGCAUCUAGAAGGGCCCCACGAUGCCUGGGAUGGUCAUGUUUGGAAGGCGCUGGGCCAUCGGCAGCGAUGACUUUGUCUUCCCGGGAGCCUUUGAGCUCUUCAUCCGAUUGAUCUGGUGGAUUGGGAUUUUGGUGUUGUAUUCUAUUCACAAAGGACAAUUUAAUUGUGAUGGAGGAGGACUGUUGCACAGCUACCUUCUUGUCCUCCUUAUUCUCCUGGCGGCUGUAAUAUGUGCUUUAUCUUCUAUUUUGUACAUCAGCAUGCAAGGAACAAUUUCCAACCCUGGGCCAAGGAAGACUCUUCCAAAAUUGCUGUACCUGCGCCUCGGUCUUUUUUUGCCCGAACUGGUCUGGGCUGUUGUGGGUGCUGUCUGGGUCUCAGAUGGCAGAAUAAACUGUGAAAAGACAAUGAUCAGUGCUAUAUUUGGAACAGUCAUUGCCAGCUGGGUGAUCAUUGUCUUCACUGUGGUGGCCAUUGUGGUCGUCUUUGAUCCUCUUGGUGGGAAGAAGAUGCUCUACGUGGCUCACUGCCCCAACCGCAACCUGGAGAGCAGUCAGUCCGACCAGCUCUUUUACAAUGUCAAGAAGACAGCAACUCGCGUCUGGGAGAAAAGAAUCCGCUUGCUGUGUUGCUGCAUCGUGCAGGAUGAUGACCACCGAGUGGCUUUUACAAGCAUCGCUGAGCUUUUCCGCAGCUAUUUUGCAGAUACUGACUUGGUGCCUAGCGAUGUGGCAGCAGGCCUGACUCUGCUUCACCAAGAGCAAGAUAAAGUGGAAAACUGCCCUAAAGAGCCUGAUGAUGUUCUCACGCAGUCGCCACUGUCUCCUGUGGCAAAUGAUUUGGAUGAAGAACUGGAAAAUGCUGCUCAUUAUAUGAAGUUUGCUGCGGCUACCUAUGGUUGGCCCUAUUAUAUCAUGACAAACCCUUUUACAGGACUCUGUAAGCUUAAAGGUGACUGCUGCAGAAGGAGCCCAGUAGAGACGGAUAUCAUCGGUGAUGACCGUUUCAACAUGCAUUUUGGAUCCAUCUUAAAAAUGACAGGGCUGCAAUACAGAGAUUUCAUUCACAUCAGUUUUCACAAUAAGAUUUAUGAGAUACCGUUCUUUGUUGCUUUGGAUCACAAAAAAGAGGCCAUUGUUGUAGCUGUGAGAGGAACCUUGUCAUUUGAGGACGUCCUCACAGACCUGUCAGCGGAUUGUGAAAAUUUAACUUUAGAAGAUGUCCUGGAAAACGGUCUUGUACAUAAGGGGAUAACCCAGGCUGCCAACUACAUUUACCAGAGACUAAUCAACGAUGGCAUUUUGAACCAAGCCUUCACCAUCGCUCCUGAAUAUAAACUGGUUGUCGUGGGACACAGUUUAGGAGGAGGAACGGCCUCCAUAUUGGCGAUCAUGCUCAAAAACGCUUUCCCAAACCUGAAGUGUUAUGCUUUUUCUCCACCAGGAGGUCUGUUAAGUAAAUCGCUUGCGGACUACAGUAAGCAGUUCAUUGUUUCCAUCAUUCUUGGAAAAGACGUCGUUCCAAGGUUAAGUAUGCCCAACAUGGAAGACCUGAAGAGAAGGAUCAUUAGAAUUGUGGCCAACUGUAACAGACCCAAGUAUCAGAUCUUGCUGCACGGCUGUUGGUACGAAGUGUUUGGAGGGGAACCGGAUAACUUCCCCACUGAACUGGAUGGUCGGAACGAGGUAGCUUUGGCUCAGCCUCUCCUGGCCGAAGAAAGCCUCAUGGUCCACCGGUCACCUUCUUACAACAGUCUGGAUGACGACUCACCUUUAAACUCUCCACCUCAGUAUCCUCACCUCUUUCUCCCUGGGAGAAUCAUUCACAUUGUGGAGGAAAACAGCACAAGAAGGUGGUGCACUUCAGACGUCAGGUACACUGCCAACUGGUCAAAAGAAACUGCCUUUGGUAACAUUUUAAUCAGCCCCAAGAUGUUGACGGAUCACAUGCCAGAUGUCGUCCUCAAAGCCCUCAACAGUCUUAUUGAAGCCAACACGUCUUUCCUUUCCUGUCAAGCACAAGGAGACUCAUCUGUGAACAUUGUAUAACUGUAGACUUAGGGAAACAGCAGCCAUGUAUCUGUUUGUGAGAGCAGCAGCCCCUCUGUACUGAAAUCAUGCCUAACAUAGAGGUUGAAGCUGUGUUUUUAUAAUUCCCAGGAUGACGAGCACACAACACUUCACGCUGUGGCUGGCGUUGUGGACUGUUCAAUGUAUCAUGUCAUUUUGAAGAUGACACCCUUCAGUUUCACUGGAGCAAAGGAGCCAAUCGUGGAUUUUAAGCAUAAUCCAGAGCUCUGCAGGAGUGAAUUUGAUGAGCGGGAAGCUAGAAAAGAGUGGUUACAGUGGACUCCGGACUUCGCUUUGAGGCAGUUGUGAGGCAGAAGGCAUUGGGCCUCCUUUCAUUUAUGCUUCCCUGAUAGAACUGGACAGGCCUGCAGGUUUAAUAGGUGCUUGUCAACAUGGAAAUAAAAAACCACUAACAGGGAAAGAACAUUUAAAUUCAAGACAACUCAUCGACUGCCUGGAUAGACACAAAGGUCCUAGUAAGGUGAGCUGGGCUUUGCGCCUUUCAUUGCACUAUCAUGGAUGUUAGGAACGUUUGGUUUACUUUCCUGCUUAAGUAAUACUUGGGAUACAUAUGCAAUACUUGUGAUUUUUGUUUACAGGUCUUCAGCCCUGAUAAAUACAUAUUUAAUUUUAAAAGGGUUGAAACCCCUUAUUCUAAGCAGGGAUGUGCUUCAUGAGGAGAACCCCGAAGAGCUUAGUCUAAUCAAAACUUUGUGGUUUUAAAAGCAUUUCAUGCCCAUGUACAGUGAAAAUGUGUGUGUACGGGAAACAUUCUCAUAAUGAAGAUUAUUUAUUACUGGGACUUAAGCCAUUUUGUGGUGGCGCUAGAACUAUGGUGUGAUAAAAUGUUCGUAAGACUUUUUCUGUUUUUAAAAUCAAAAUGAUGA